CGCGUGAUGGCACUGUCGGUUCCCGGCUACUCGCCCAGUUUCAAAAGGCCGCCAGAGAAAUUGCGGCUCCGACGGAAAAGGGGCCGGAGCCUUGGGGCCGCCUCCUCGACCGAGAAGCGGCCCGAGCCGGCGACUCGCCGCGCCGCCCUGACGGCCGGGCUGCCCCUCCGCCCUUUCCCGGCAGCGGGCAGAGGCGGCGGCGGCGGCGGCGGCCCAGCCGCGUCCCGAAGGAACCCCUUCGCCCGCCUGGACAACCGGCCGCGGGCCGCCGCCGAGCUUCCCAACGUGCCGUCCCGCGGCCAGCAGGAGGCGCCGGGCCCGUUUUUAGAUUCUAAUCAAGAAAAUGAUUUGCUCUGGGAAGAGAAGAUUCCUGAAAGAACAGCCAUUACUGAAUUACCCCAGACUCCUCAUGUAUCAUUCUCCGAAUCUGAUAUUCCAUCCUCAGAAAGUACUGAGUUACCUGUGGACUGGAGUAUUAAAACUCGACUCCUUUUCGCCUCUUCUCAACCCUUUACCUGGACAGAUCAUUUGAAAGCACAGGAAGAGGCUCAAGGUGUCAUCCAGCAUUGUAGGGCAACAGAAGUUACUUUGCCUCAAAGUAUACAGGAUCCCAGACUCUCCACUGAGCUCCGUUGUGCCUUCCAGCAGAGUCUUAUCUACUGGCUCCACCCUGCCUUGUCUUGGCUGCCAUUGUUCCCUCGUAUUGGAGCUGACAGAAAAAUGGCUGGAAAGACAAACCCUUGGUCAAAUGAUGAAACCCUGCAACACAUUUUAAUGAGUGACUGGUGUGUGAGCUUUACUUCUCUGUAUAAUCUGCUGAAGACAAAACUUUGCCCCUAUUUCUACGUUUGUACCUAUCAGUUUACUAUCCUGUUCCGUGCAGCGGGAUUAGCAGGAGAUGAUGUAAUCACGGCUCUCAUCUCCCCUACAACUAGAGGUAUAAGAGAAGCUAUGAAAAACGAAGGUAUUGAAUUUUCUUUGCCUUUAAUAAAAGAAAGUGGCCAUGAGAAGAGGAAAGCGUCUGGAACAAGCUUGGGACAUGGGGAGGAGCAAGCAGUCAGUGAUGAGGAUGAAGAAGAAAGUUUUUCCUGGCUGGAAGAGAUGGGUGUGCAAGAUAAAAUUAAAAAACCAGAUGUACUUUCUAUCAAGCUGCGUAAAGAGAUACAUGAAGUGCAAAUGGAUCACAGACCCGAGUCUGUUGUGUUGGUGAAGGGAACGAAUACCUUUACAUUGCUAAAUUUUUUGAUCAACUGUAAGAGUUUAAUUGCUACCUCAGGUCCGCAGGCAGGACUUCCACCAACCCUCUUAUCACCUAUAGCUUUCCGAGGCGCCACAAUGCAAAUGCUUAAGGCGCGAAGUGUAAACGUGAAGACACAAGCUCCUUCUGGAUACAGAGAUCAAUUUAGUUUGGAGAUUACAGGUCCUAUCAUGCCUCAUUCUCUACAUUCUGUGACUAUGCUACUCAGAUCUUCACAGAGUGGGUCAUUUUCUGCAGGACUGUAUACACAUGAGCCAACUGCUGUAUUUAAUAUCUGCCCACCAAAGGAUAAAGUACUGGGUAAGGAGGCUGUUCAUGAGGAGCUUGCCAACUGUGGACUGCACCCUAAAACUCUGGACCACCUUAGUCAAACACCGAUACUGGGGCAAUCAUCUUUACGGCAUGUGGCAAUGAGUGACUACAUUUAUAAUUGGAGAUCCUGAACACCAAAGUAAGCCUAAAAGGAAUCUUUGAGGAAAAAAGCCUUCUAGCAAGGAAAUUCAAGAUACUU